AAGUCUUUAUUAUGCUAUACCAUCAUAAAGGAGAAGGAAGAUGGAGUUGUUUACAAACCAUAAACCAAUAGCAUCCAUGGCUUCCUACAAGAUUCUCUUCCUCUUCAUCCUUCUUAGCUUCCUCAAUUUUGCAACUACUGAGGCACAAGAUCAAAGCUCCACCCCUGUCUAUAUAUACCAUAACUGCUCCGGUGGCAACACCACCGCUAACAGUGCCUUCCAAAUAAACGUCAGGACCCUCCUCUCUUCCUUAUCUUCAAACGCCCCCGGCGACAACGGAUUCUACAACACCACAGUCCCUCCAGAAAACCCCUCAGACUCUGUCUUUGGACUCUUCAUGUGCAGGGGUGACGUUCCUCCUCAGCUUUGUCAACAAUGCGUCCAAAAUGCAACCCAGAGACUACGCUCAAUGUGCUCACUGUCCAUUCAAGCUGUGAUUUGGUACGAUGAGUGCACGGUUCGUUAUUCCAACCGCUCCUUUUUCUCCACCGUGGACACUAGGCCUAGAGUUGGCCUGUUGAACACUGCCAAUAUCUCUAACCAGGAAAGUUUCAUGCGUUUAAUGUUUUCUACAAUAAACAAAACUGCAGAUGAAGCUGCUACCAAUGACAAGAAGUUUGCCACAAGGCAAACAAACAUAUCUGAAUUUCAGAACCUUUAUUGUCUAGCUCAGUGCACUCCAGAUUUGUCACCCCUUGAUUGCAGAAGCUGUCUCAGUAAAGUGAUAGGAGACCUUUCAUGGUGCUGUGAAGGAAAGCAGGGAGGGAGAGUUCUAUAUCCCAGUUGUAAUGUUAGGUAUGAAUUGUACCCUUUCUACCGCUCCACAAAUAGAACUAAACCACCAGCGUGGGUUCCUGCAACAAAUUAUCCCGAUGCAGAUUCACAAUUUUCAGAAGAUCCAACUUAUCUAAACCACAGUUGCCCAACCAAUGUAACUGCUGACAGCACUUUCCAAAUGUAUCUCAAGACCCUUCUCUUUUACUUGUCUUCCAAUGCCACAAAUGGGAACAAAUACUACGAGGACAACAUAGAGCAAACUGUGUAUGGCCUCUUCAUGUGCCGAGGCGAUCUUCCCUCUCAACUCUGCCAACAAUGCGUCAUCAACGCAACCCACCGAAUAUCCUCAGUUUGCAAUUCACUUCAAGAGGGAAUCAUUUGGUACAGCCACUGCAUGCUUCGAUAUUCCAAUCGGAAUUUCUUCUCUGAAUUGGAAGAAAGUCCAAAAACUGACAUGCUGAGCGUUACCACUUCCUCCACCAGCCCCAUCCCUGGGCAAGACUUCUUCACUUAUACAUUAUCAGAUACCAUAUUUAAGCUGGCGGAAGAGGCAGGGGAUACCACUGAGAGAUAUGCCACAAAAUCAUUAAAAUUGACUGAUUUUCAAACUCUGUAUACUCUUGCUCAAUGCACGCAGGAUUUGUCUAGUGAUGAUUGUCGGAUAUGUCUGGUAGAUAUAAAUAGAAAAAUUCCAUGGUUCCGCUUGGGAAGCGAAGGGGGAAGAGUUCUAUAUCCGAGCUGCAAUCUCAGGUUUGAAUUGUUCCAAUUUUACAGGGGUAGUGGUGAAGAAACUCAAUCGCCAAUGCCGGGUAGUGGUGAAGAAACUCAAUCGCCAAUGCCGGUUAAUCCUUCUACACCAGGCCUUCAAGGUAAAAGAAAAGUCCGAUUGCGAACAAUAAUUUUGAUUAUUGUACCCACAAUUGUUUCUGCGACGCUCUUCUUUCUUGGCUAUUAUUUGGUAAAGAGAAAAGCAAGAAAGAGUGUUAAGACUAUUCUUAGAGAAAAUUUUGGUCAUGAAAGUGUCACUUUAGAGCCAUUGCAAUUUAGUUUGGCUGUAAUUGAAGCAGCAACCAACAACUUUUCAAAUGAUAAUAGAAUCGGCAAAGGCGGGUUUGGAGAAGUUUACAAGGGCAUUCUUUCUGAUGGACGACAAAUAGCUGUAAAAAGACUCUCCAAAAGUUCUAAGCAAGGCGCAAAUGAGUUUAAGAAUGAAGUUUUAUUAAUAGCCAAACUUCAACACAAAAAUCUUGUAACAUUCAUCGGAUUUUGUCUUGAAGAACUUGAAAAAAUACUUAUCUACGAAUAUGUGCCAAACAAGAGUCUUGAUUAUUUUUUAUUUGAUCCUCAACGAGCAAAGAUGUUAAGUUGGUUUGAACGCUACAACAUUAUAGGAGGAAUUGCCCGAGGAAUUUAUUACUUACAUGAAUUAUCUCGACUCAAAAUCAUACACCGUGAUCUCAAACCUAGUAAUGUUUUAUUAGAUGAAAAUAUGAUUCCAAAAAUUUCAGAUUUUGGUUUGGCUAGAAUUGUUGAAAUAAAUCAAGACCAAGGAAGUACAAAUAGAAUUGUUGGAACAUAUGGUUAUAUGUCUCCAGAAUAUGCAAUGCUUGGACAAUUUUCAGAAAAAUCAGAUGUUUUUAGUUUUGGAGUGAUGGUUCUAGAGAUUAUUUCAGGAAAAAAGAAUUUAGGCUUAUAUGAACCACAUCGUGUUGCUGAUGGCCUCUUGAGUUGUGUUUGGAGACAAUGGAGGGAUCAAACACCCUUAAGCAUACUAGACGCAAGUAUUAAUGAAAAUUAUUCUGAAAUUGAAGUUAUUAAAUGCAUUCAAAUUGGUUUAUUAUGUGUUCAACAAAAUCCUGAUGACAGACCCACAAUGGUUGCAAUUGUUUCAUAUCUUAGUAGUCACUUAAUUGAAUUGCCAAGUCCUCAAGAACCAGCCCUUUUCUUACAUGGUAGAAAGGAUCCUAAAGCAUUGUCUAUUAAUGAAAUGUCUGUAAGUCAAUUUCUUCCUCGAUAGUAAAUUAUUUUCCCUUUAAGUGUUGUUGUUUAGAUCUAGUAAUGAGUAUUAGUCUUAAUUAUUGGAUCAAACUUGAAGAGCUUUAAUAUAAUGGAUAUCUAUAAUGUCAGUAUGAUUCCAAUUUUCAUGGCAAGGAUCAGUUGGUCACGGUCUGAAAUA